AUGUUGCUAGGGGAAAUCUCCAAGGACCUCCUCACCCGGCCACUGACUCGAAACGAAGUGUUUGCUGUCCUUCUCCGCCUGACGGUCUUUGGGACUGCCACCUAUUUCAGCAUAAAAUGGGUAUCAGAUGCCCUGGACCCAACUCGAAAGCAAAGGAUACAGCUAAAGAAAAAGGCAGAACGCUUGAUGAAGCAAAUUGGAGUGGAAGGAGUGAAGCUUACAGAACACGAGAUGAACAUUGCAGCUCACCUGGUAGACCCAAAGGAUAUAAAGGUCUCGUGGGAGGACAUUGCAGGCCUGAAUGAAGUGGUCAGUGAACUUCAGGACACAGUAAUCCUGCCUUUCCAGCAGAGGCACUUGUUUCAUCACUCCAAGCUCUGCCAACCCCCACGAGGUGUUUUGCUUUAUGGUCCUCCUGGUUGUGGCAAAACCCUUCUUGCCAAAGCAACAGCCCAGGCAUCAGGAUGCAGGUUCAUAAACUUACAAGCAUCUACCCUGACCGACAAAUGGUACGGAGAGUCACAGAAGCUCACAGCUGCAGUUUUCUCCUUGGCGACCAAGAUCCAACCCUGCAUCAUUUUCAUAGACGAAAUAGAUGCUUUCCUGAGGAAUCGCUCUGAUGCUGAUCACGAAGCCACGGCUAUGAUGAAAGCAGAGUUCAUGAGCCUUUGGGAUGGGCUGGAAACUGGACCCAAUUGCCAGGUAAUGGUGCUGGGAGCAAGUAAUAGGCCCCAAGAUGUGGAUCCUGCCAUCUUGCGGAGGAUGCCCACAACCUUCCAGAUUGGUUUGCCAACACAGAAGCAACGGCAGGAUAUUCUGAAACUCAUUUUGUCUGGAGAAAAUAUAAGCAAUGCAGUGAGCCUGAAGGAGAUGGCUGAGAAAACAAAUGGUUAUGCAGGCAGUGACCUGCGAGAAUUGUGUCGGGAUGCUGCCAUGUACAGGGUACGUGAUUUUGUUCGCAAGCAACAGAUGAAGCAGAUUGCCCAGAUGUUCCAUGACGGAGAAAGUGAGGACAGUGACCUGGAAGAGGAACGGCUACGGCCACUCACCCAGUUUGACCUUUUGCUUGCCCUAGAGAAGAUGAGGGAGUCCAAGGGAGCUGCAACUGCUGUGCCAGCUCUGAAAGAACUUGCUUUAGACUGA